CAUGAUAAUAUCAACUUCAUCACCGAGGUCUUUACAUCCGGGACAUUACGCCAGUACCGCAAGAAACAUAAGCAUGUAGAUGUAAGAGCAUUGAAGAAUUGGUCCAGACAAAUAUUGAGUGGCCUUCUAUACCUCCACAGUCAUGACCCACCAAUUAUUCACAGGGAUUUGAAAUGUGACAACAUAUUUGUGAAUGGAAACCAGGGUGAGGUCAAGAUUGGUGACCUUGGAUUGGCAGCCAUUCUUCUCCAUGCUCAUUCAGCUCACAGUGUUAUUGGUACACCAGAGUUCAUGGCUCCAGAGCUAUAUGAAGAAGAAUACAAUGAGCUGGUUGACAUUUAUGCAUUCGGCAUGUGCUUACUGGAGCUGGUGACAUUUGAAUACCCAUAUUCCGAAUGUACCAAUGCAGCGCAAAUAUACAAGAAAGUGACAUCAGGAGUCAAGCCUGCAUCAUUGGCAAAGGUGAAGGAUCCUACAAUUAAGCGAUUUAUAGAAAAAUGCAUUGCCAGUGCUUCUGAAAGAUUGCCUGCAAGAGAAUUAUUAAUGGAUCCUUUUCUGCUACCGGAUGGUGAGAGUGAAAGAUCAAGCUAUCAUCCGCAGCCUGGUCCCAAACAUGCAGAUAAUGCCAACUGCUCCAAUGCAAGUACCAGCUAUGCAUGUCUGAAAGAAGAAGCACCAAUUACUGGCCGAGAUUUCACAGUUGAGGGUCAACGCAAAGACAUUAAGACGAUAUUUCUAAAGCUACGAAUUGCAGAUUCAACAGGUCAAGUUCGCAACAUCCACUUCCCAUUUGAUAUUGAAGUAGACACAGCAAUCAGUGUUGCCACCGAAAUGGUUGCUGAGUUAGACCUUACAGAUCAAGAUGUUACAGCAAUUGCUGCAAUGAUAGAUGCAGAAAUAUUGGCCCAUGUUCCAGAAUGGGUACCAGGAGAAACUCUUAACAGUCAUGUCAAUGAGUAUGCUUCAGAUAACCUUGACACUGAGGCUGAAGAUGUACCUUCCUUUUUGCCGAAUGAAUCUGAUCAUCCCUCUGGUGCUCUAGUGCUAGAACAGCUACCUUCUGGUUGGAAGUACCGGUCUAGUUCUCCUAGGCGAACUGGUGAGGAGUCUCCACUGUGUCCUACACUGUCAAAUGCCUCUAUUGAGUUGAAUCUGCAUGCAAGUGAUGAUGCACCUAUUGAGGUUUAUGAAGGGAAAAAUGAUGGCUUAAAUAAUGUUGAACAGAGGGAAUGUCACUCCCAUGGCAGCACUUCAGCUAACCAGCAGAAAAAUUUCCCCCAUCCUCAUGGCAGUGGUAAAGAUAAUUUGCAAAUUGGUUCCUCAUCAGCAUCUCUUGAUUUACAAAAUCCAUCCCUGGCUGAUAUGAUUAAUCAAGAUCGUGAUGUAGCUUCUUUACGUCAGUGGCUUUACAAUCAACAUCGAACCACCGAUGAGCAAUGUGUAGGUGAUGAUGAGCACCUGUCUAAUACAUUUUUGGAAAGUGAGUCAGAGGAUGUUAAAUCUAUUGUGCGGAUAUUGAAGCAUUUGAUGGUCCAGCAGCAAAAAGAAAUCGAUGAAUUAAAAAGGAAGCAUGAGAUGGCUAUAGCAGAUGUUUUAAAGGCACUGUCUCCUCAGCUUCGUAGGAGGACAUUAGAUAAAUGUCGCUUGAAAAUUCAUGAUAGAUAUGUCCACAGUUAGGUGGAAUUGUAUGCAGGAUAGGCUGUUGUUCCUUCUAACCAGCAGAGUUAUUGCCAUCUGAUAUGGCCAGCUUUACUGUGGGAUGGUGUUUUUGAAUUACCUUACAAUGCACCAAGCACUGAGUUUUUUGAAAAGAGAUGGCCACUAAUUCUGCAGGUGGAUGAGUUGACUUUCAGAGGCAAGACAAAUAUGGUAAUCCUGCAUUCUGGUUUUUUUUGAUGUGGGUUUUCUGUAAUCCCAUGAGAAACUUGGAUAAAUUGGAAUCUUAGAAAGGACCUGCUGUUGAAAAGUGUGCUGAAGACUGAGGAUCCUCUUGAUUUGAUGUUAUAGAACCAUGGUAUAGUUCCUGCAAAUCCAUAUCAACUCCAGUGAUGGUGCUGCUCAAUAUAGAUGCUGUUCAAGAGCAAAAGUUCUUCUUGGCUGUGGCUUCAGGGAGGAGAAAAAAAUGUUUCUCGAAAGGAGGACUCAGAAACUUGUGUGUAUUCUUCAAUGUAUCCCAUAAAAUAUUGGAAUUCAUAUUGUAUAUAUCUGUAGAAUCUGUUUUUUACAAAUAGUAGUAUCUUGACAUUCUUCAUGGCUUCCAUCUAA